AUGCACGCCGCUCUCCUUCAACACACGUGCGCCGCCCUGCUCUUGGCCCUCACCCUCACGGCCCCCCUCACCUUCGCUCAGCCGAGUUUGACCGUCACUUCGUCGACCAAGGAUCUCGGUAAUGGCGUACAUGUCCCCGGUGCGAUCCCGAGCAAUUUGUUCGAACCGUUGCAGCACCAUUUGGCGUUCGGCAAGGAUUACCGCACUUUGUACAUCAGUUGGGCCUCUUUGUGAGUGUUCACCUUUCCCAUAACUACGCCUCUCUUUGCAUACCCCUGACGUCUCACCCUGAAGCACUACACACUGAUACCCAACUCUUCUUCCCUUGAUCGUGAACAGCUCGUUCAUCCGCACACCGGAAGUGCACUUCGGCACCGAUCCCAAUAACCUCAAUCUGACGGGCACGUCGCGCGACUCGUCGACUUAUCCAACCUCGCGCACGUACAAUAACCACGUCAAGUUGAUGGACUUGAAACCGAACACCAAGUAUUGGUACACGGUCAGUACUUUUGUUUUGGAAGCUUGGCAGAGAGAGGGAGAUGCUUAAAAGUUCUCGCGUCAAAAAGGUCUCUUACACGAACGCGGCCUACGCGGCCUACCGGCCCAAGUACACGUUCAAAACCGCUCUUCAAGCAGGUGACAUGACUCCGUUCUCCGUCGCCGCCUUUGGCGAUCUUGGCCUAAUGGGUCCCGAUGGUCUUUCGACCCGUAUCGGCCCUUUGGACACGGCGACAAACACAGUUCUCGGCGCGAACGAGACGAACACGAUCCAGUCGCUGUUGCAGAGCGCAGAUUCGUACGAUUUCAUUGCCCAUUUCGGAGAUAUUGGGUAUGCAGAUUAUUACGUGAGUCGUAAUGUUCUUUCCAGGUCGAGAACCAGUGCUUCGCAUCCUCGACUGAGUCCCUGAACGAUAUUAUUCCAUCCUAGCUCCGAGCCGCCACGGAAGGAUAUUUCGACAACACCCCAUUCUUGCCUACGACGGAGAUGAUCGGCGUCGGUUACGAGAGUCUCAAAGAACAAUUUUUUGAUCAGAUGCAACCUGUGACGGCGAGCCGGCCAUGGAUGGUCUCCCCCGGUGCGUCGGAUUUCAUUGGCCUGUGACCUCUUGAGACGUGUUGGUCGACUGAAUUAGACCGGAGGGUACUGUUCGUGUGUUGUAGGGAACCAUGAAGCCAACUGCGACAAUGGUAAGUCCUACAAUCAACAGGCCCUACUCUCAACUAUAUUGCAACCCUAAUCUCUCUCUACUUAUUUCUUCCGCGUUUGAUAGGGGGUUUCUCACCCAAGACGGGCGCCGGUGUAAACAACUACACAGACGGAAACUGCCCCGUCGGUCAAACCAACUUCACCUUCUACAUCAACCAGUUCCGAAUGCCCGGACCUGACAGUGGUGGAGUUGGCAACUUUUGUGAGUCCGGGCUGAAUUCAUGGCAGCCUCUUGUCGACGCCGGCUUGGAACUGAAGCCCAUCUCGAUUUGACCCAGGGUAUUCCUACAACUACGGCAUGGCGCACUUCAUUUCGCUCGAUACCGAAACCGAUCUCGGCCACGGUCUCGCCGGUCCGAUCCAGAACAAAACCAAUAACCACAACGGUCCCUUCGGCGUGACUAUGGAUGCUCAGUUCGAUUGGCUCGUCAGCGAUUUGAAGCACGUCGAUAGAUCGAGAACGCCCUGGGUCGUCGUAUUUUUGCAUCGUCCUUGGUGUAAGCUAUAUCUUGGGGAUAUGAUAGGCACGGAAAGGAUUUGGAUCUAAACGACUGAUCUGUCAACGCUUUCCCCGGGGUUGAAAACAGACACGGCCGUGAGCCCGCCGACGACGCCUCCAGCGUGGCAAACGGCGUUCGAAGGUAUCUUCCAACAAUACGGCGUCGACAUCUACAUGACAGGACACGUGCACACCUACGAGCGAUGGUCCCCUCGUUUCAACGGUACCAUCGAUCCCAAGGGUUACGACAACCCUUCGUCCCCUUGGCCCAUCACCGUCGGUGCAGCGGGCCACUUCGAUGGACUCGACAGCUUCACCGACGCGAGCACGAGUAAAGGGUGGUUUGGGAUUGACUCGAUUUAUGGAUGGAGUCGAUUGAGCUUCUUGGACCGUCAGCAUGUGAGGUUGGACUACUUUGCCAGUGGAAAUUCGUCGAUUGUCGAUUCGCAGACGCUGUUCAAGAUGCACUAG